AUGACCUUGGCAAGGCAUCUCUUUCGUGUUUGCUUGCUCAAGGUAGUCUAUUGCGUUUUGCCUGCAGGAGUCACAGAGGAAGCUGGUGGGCCGAGUGAAGAGACCUUCAGAAAGGCUUUUGAAGAUGCAGAAGCGCAAUUUCUGGAAGUAGUCAGAGAAAACUGGAAGAUGAAGCCAAUCUUUGCAGCAGCAGGCUCGUGUGCUCUUGUUGGGUUAAUAAACGCAUCCACUCUUUACAUUGCUUCAGUGGGCGACUCUAGAGCAGUUGUCGGCUCAGUUGAUCCCGAUGGCGAUGGUACUUCUCUACGAGCAGAGGAGGUUUCAGAAGAGCACAGUGCUAGCUGUGAGAAGACCAGGCAGGAGGUCAAGGACAUGAUUCAAGGGGACGACAACAUUCUUGUUGAGAAAGGUGGUGUUUGGCGAGUGAAGGGGAUUAUUCAGCCAUCGGUACUCGUCAAGCCGUUGACUGAGAAGGAUCGAUUCGUUGUCUUCGCUUCGGAUGGGCUUUGGGAAAACGUCUCGAAUGAGGAGACGGUGGAACUCGUAUCAAAUUUUCCAAGACUGGGAAUAGCAAGGCGCCUGGUGAAGCUCGCCAUGAUUCGAGCGGCAAAGAAGCGGAAGCUGACCUACAGUGAUCUGAAAACGCUAGGACCGGGUCGGAGGCGACAGGUGCAUGAUGACAUCAGUGUCGUGGUUUUGUUUUUGGACAAUUCUGCGGGGAAGGGCAAGAAGAAGCCGAUUGCUGACAUCACGGUGCGAUCUUAUCAGCCACUCACACCCCGGCCAGAUGAUGGUUCAGUUCCAGCAGAGGAGGACAUUCCAGAUGAUUUUGCAUUUGGUGAAGACAGCAGCAGUGCCACUGAUGCGGAUGGGGCUGCGAGCACACCAGCAGCAGAGUGA